CAUUGACAUUUUCCACAAGCUACUGAGAAUCUGAGAAGGCGACUGACAUUUUGUUUUUCUUCCUUCUUGCGAAGUUCUUCUUGUUUAUAAUUUAUUUCGGGGAAAUAAUUUGUGUACUGUAAUCAUGUCUAAUGAUUACGGCUUUAAUAGUGAUGAUUCACCCAAUAAAACAAAUUCUCAUCUACAAUUGCCAAGCCCAAUAAUUACGCGCCGGAACCGAACAGCUUCGACGUCGGAAAGGGCUUUAGGAAAUCCGAUAGAAAGUGGUAAAAUCAAAUCAUUUUGCCGAGCGAAAGGUCAUGGAUUUGUUACUCCUGAAAGAGGCGGCGAAGAUAUAUUUCUACAUAUCUCUGACAUUGAAGGCGAAUAUGUUCCACUGCCAGGUGAUGAAGUAAUAUACAGGCUCUGUCCAAUCCCUCCCAAGUUUGAGAAGAACCAAGCUGUCCAUGUCCGCAUUGUCCACCUGACUCCUGAGAAGCACCUCAAGUGGGACGAGCCACCCCCGCUGUAACUUGAUCCCUCCGCCAAACACACCUCACAGUCUUAAAUAUUGUUUGCAAGGUCCCCUUGCUCCCCCAAUCUCUCUUUCCUGUCAUAUCUUAGCCAUCCUUCAUAUAAAUGUGUGUUAUGCCACUUAUACUUACUUUAUAAGAUUAUAUAACUAUACUUAUAAGUAUGCCAUACUAAUUGUCGUCAGAAUCGAAUGCCACAGUGUCAAUUGUGUAUGUCUAUAUCUCAACAAUUUAUUGGAUUCAAUGGAAGGAACGAAUUGUACUGCUCAGUUAUGUUUAGAUCAUGGCAAUGAAAAGACCAAUGUUAUAGCAAACGCAUUUGUAUAUUAAAUUGCAAAGAAAUUCAGUAUUUUAUAUAGUGAGAAGCCAAUUUGUGGUGCUAAAUUUUCGAAGGUUUUACCAUCGUCUUAAGAUUUUGAUAACAGAUGUAUUUCACUCAGUGAAUGGAUAAUGGCUUCUUGCACCGAGGUAGCUUUACAGUUUGUAUGAUAGUGAUAAUGAUUGCGUCAUCGACAUUAUUGGCCUAAUUUUAAUCUCAAGUAAUGUUCUGUACUUAAGCAUCAUGUAUCAACUAUGUUAUUAUUAAUGAUAGUGUAUUAUAUUGCACAAAUAUGAAGUGCCGCUGGUUAGUGAUGUGUGCGAUUAUUUUAGGAGUGUUAUGUUAAUCACUUAAGAAAAGCAUAAUAAUCUCAUUUUUUAUUCCUUUAUUUGUAUUUUAUUAUAUUUAAGUGCAAAGAUGAUCGCAAGUUAUAAACUAGCAUUCCACAACUCAAGCAUUCUCCUUAAAACAAACCAAUUUCUGUACUAUUUGUUAUGAAAUAUUAUAUUUUAUACUGUGUUGUCCCAGCCUGUUUGCAGGAUGUAUUUAAUUUAACGAUGUAAUCAAUGCCAUGCUUUCUGUACUUAGUUUUCUAGCAGUAUUAGUUUAAUACAGCGAAUAUAUGGAAUAUGUGUAAGCAAAA